GACCUGGUGUUUAGACCCUGAUCCAGGACCUGGUACUUGGACCCUGAUCCAGGACCUGGUCUCAGGAUGCCCUGGCUUCUGUCCUCUCAGGACCUCGUGUCUCCGUCUGAGCGUCAGUGCGAGCGGAGCGCGUUCUCGUUCUACCGCGCGGUGCGGGAGCGGCAGCCGGUGUGGCGGCUGGAGGACACGCGCAGCAUGGACGUGUUCAGCUGGGAAGACGGACGCGCUCGCGCCUUCAUGCCGUCGGAGGCUCUGUUGUACGCACUCGUGCACGACCACCGGGACUACGCACGUUACCUGCUCAACAGGUUCUCGGUGAGCGCGCUCUAUGCACCGCGAUGCAAUUUCUGCUGCCGCCGCCGCAGCGGCACACCGCACCUGAGCGUGGCGGUGCGUUACGACCGCGUGUCGAUCCUCAGCGCGAUGGUGGAGACGCUAAAGCGUUGCGGCACGCAGGCGGAGCGGCGAGAGCUCCUGGACGGAUGCGGCAGCUGCGUGCACGUCACGGACGCGGGCAAGAGUGCGGUGCAACUCGCGGUAGAGCUGUCGCGCGCUGACUGUCUGCUGCUGCUGCUCGUUCACGGCGCGCGGCCUCACGGACUCGAUGUCGCGCUGCAGGUGCUCGUCUCCUGCGACGCGCAGCGAAGCGACGCGCAGCGAAGUGACGCGCAGCGCUGCCUCGAACUGCUGUUGCUGUUUCUGCCCAACGCGUCGCCGCCGCGCUGCCUGCAGGAGGAGCCACAGCGCUGGCAAAGCCUGCUGGGAAAUGAAGUGUUUGGAUGGCUGCGCGGUGUGGCCCCGCCCCCCCUCCUGCUGCAGGCUCUGCGGUGCUUGGCCCGGUUCGGCCCGGAUCAGAUCAGCACGCUGCCCCCCCUCCUCCUGCCCCACAGCUGGCGGUGACGUCGUCUGUCACCAUGGAGACUGUGAACACGAUUCAAGGGAUUAUUGUCAUAUGCACAACAACACCUCAGGACUGCUGUGAUUGGAUGGCUUGUUGAUGAUGUAAAUACUGAUUCAUAAAAUCUCCUAUCUCCAGGUAAAGGUCACUUCCAAUGCGUCGAGCCAAUCAGAUCACAUUCAUGUAAAUACAGGUCCUGACAUCAGAUUGAAGGAGAGAUUAUUGAUAAAUGAUCAAAUGUAAUCACAUUGUAUUUGCAUAUAUUCACAUAUCCCAGUUUGUCUCAUUGAUGUCAACAAGCAGCAACGUCCUCUGUCCUGAACUCAACAAGAGUCAAACUACAGAGACACUUUCUGAGCAGUAACUGAAGCUCAGAGUCACAUGUGAGGAUCCGUCUCCAGGACACGAGGACAAUAGAUGCUGAUGAACUGAAGACAUCAACACAACAGAUUUACCACAUUAGAAGAAACUGUUUGUCAUAUCAUGGAAAGUAAAUGAACUGAGGAGUUACUGUCAGUGAUGGUAGAAGUGAGAAGACAUAUUUUAUUUUUUAGAAGUCUUGUUGUGAUCAUAGUCCACGAUCAGGAUCCACUACCACAAUCAGAUGCAACCAUGAUUAUAAUAAAUGACGAUUGGUUAUUGAUCGCUCUCUCGAACAUAAACCACUCAAACCAAACUUGGCAGAAGCUAAACUGAGUCGGCCAUGACAGACGACACUCAGCUUGGUUGUUUGUCCCAAACGGAAACUGAUUGGUUGCUAUCAUUAUGAUAAUGUCACCAGCACAAAGUGUCUGAUUAACGUGCACAUGUGAGCAUUACGCUCGUCAAACCUGGAGUUACGAGGUUUUAACCUGACCCUGGUUUUAAUUUGACUCCAAAGUUUCCUCAGAUCAGUUUUAUUGAUAAACUGUUUGUGAUCUGAUAAUUAAUCAAUAAUCAAGACUUUGUACCUCAGAGAAACGUAUAACACUACUAGAUGAUCGUAUUGAUCAUGACAGCUAUGAUGUGAUCAGUUUCACUUCCACAUCCAGUUUGGAGCCAAACAGUGAACAGCAUGAAAAGGACGCUGACCACAAUGCUUCUGGUUCGACGCUGAAAAAAGUUGGACUGCACAAAAAAAACAUUUGUUGGAACAGUGACGUCAGUGGCUGUGGGAGGAGCUACCACAGGAAAUGAUCCAUCAUUUUAAGAAAACAUGAAAGCUGUUGACUUCUGUGAAAUAUGAUUCAGGGGAAACUUGUAA